AUGUUCUACCACAUAUCGUUGGAGCAUGAAAUAUUGCUGCAUCCAAGAUAUUUUGGACCGCAACUAUUAGAUACUGUUAAACAGAAGUUGUAUACAGAGGUGGAAGGUACUUGUACUGGCAAAUAUGGUUUUGUUAUAGCAGUGACUACAAUAGAUAGCAUAGGCGCAGGUCUCAUCCAGCCAGGACAAGGAUUCGUUGUGUAUCCAGUUAAAUAUAAAGCAAUAGUUUUCAGACCAUUUAAAGGAGAGGUCCUUGAUGCUAUAGUCACUCAAGUGAAUAAGUCAAUACCAACUGAUAUGGAGUUCUGUCCGAAUGUGAAUCCCCCGUGCUAUAAGAGUAAACAGGAAGACAAUGUCAUACAAGAAGAGGAUGUCAUUAGAUUAAAAAUUGUUGGUACUAGAGUUGAUGCCACGGGCAUUUUUGCCAUCGGAACACUAAUGGACGACUACUUAGGAUUAGUAACACAAUGA